UAUUUGGAAACGGUGCCCUAUUUAAACCCUGAAGUGAAGGGUGUAGAAAAUAAGAACAAUCCAGGUUUCAGUUAAGCCACACCUCGCUUCUUCGUCUUCUUCCUUUCUACGAACCCACACUCUCACCUCUUCGCUUAACACAAUCUGAAGAGAAGAAAGUAAAACACCGACGGAAAUGGCAACACGUGUAGCAGCAAGACAUGCAUCCAGAAGGCUCUUUAGCAGUGGCUCUGGGAAAGUUCUCGGUGAGGAGGAAAAAGCUGCUGAAAAUGCCUACUUCAAGAGAACUGAGCAAGAGAAAUUGGAGAAGCUUGCUCGCAAGGGUCCUCAACCAGAAGCAAAACCAGCUGCAGGUUCAGGUGCUUCAGUAACCGAUGCCAAGCCAAUUAGCUCUGGACAUGCUGACACAUCAGGUGCCAAAGUUUCAACUGAUAAAUAUCGGAAUUAUGGAGUUGUAGCUGGCACUAUAACCUUCUUUGGAGCUUUGGGGUGGUACCUUAAAGGCACUGCAAAGAAGCCAGAAGAAGUGCAGGAUUGAAGAUUUCAGUUGUUGUUUUAUUUUGUUUUGGAUGCAGCAACUGCACAAAAAUAAAUAACUACACACCACUCUGCUUUUAUUCCAUCAUACUCUUGGAGCAUGGUUUACUUCUCUUUUGUUUACAUUGCUUUACAUUGCUAUAUAUCCUUGAUGCCUCUUAGCAUGACGAUAAUCAACAUUGAAACCAUGUAAUAUCAAGCGAGAACCAGGAAGGAUAUUUUGUAUGGAAAAUUGCGUUGAGUGACAUUUCAACCGAAUUUAGAGGAGUUCAAUGCAAUAUUGUAUGAAAUGUUAAGUUUAAAAGCUCA